GGGCUUGGAACUGUCAACGGAUGAAUGACCCUCAUUGUGUUAAAGGAGAAUUCAACCCCCCACUAUAAAACCCCUAAGCUACAUACAGGGCCAUAUUUAUAUAUACCACCCCUAUCCACAUUGUGGAUGGCAAGCUUUCUUCCAAACAGCAGAACACAAUGUGGUUGUCAUUAUCUUUGCAUUUAUUAAAGACGUUCUGCACCAAAAGCUGCAAAAAUCUGUCUGUUCUGUACAUUUUAGGACAUGCUGAGGGGAGUGUAACAGAGGUCUCACAACUGAUAAAUAACAGGCGAGGGAGGAGGGGAGUGGGGCAGUGCCGUCAUGUCAACUUCUACACCAAAUCAAGACUUUUGUGCCUUCUGUCACCAGUGGGAGCAGAAUGAGGAGACGGGUGACUUGCUUAAGACCAGUGAUGAUAAAAUAACAGCCCAUUUUUACUGCAUGAUCUUUUCACCUAACGUGAUAGCAACAAAUUCACCCCAUGAAGAGUUUGGUGGCUUUGAUAGACAAACUGUAGAAGAUGAAAUCAAACGUGGAAAAAGGAUGAAAUGCAGCAAGUGUAACAAAACUGGAGCAACUAUUGGGUGUGAUGUCAAAUCUUGCCGAAAAACCUAUCAUUAUAUGUGCGCAAAGUCUGACCGUGCAUCAAUUAUUGAAAAUGAAGGAAAAGAACAAUAUUUAAUUUACUGUAUUAAACAUAGAGAAGACAAGCAGGAUGGAAAUGAAGUUAGUUCUGAUACAAGAUCAGUUUCCAGCACCAGUUUAUCUACAGAGAAUUCUGAUGCAUCGACCAAACAAAAUAAUAAGAGGAAAAUGGAGAAAAAAAAGGAAGAAACACCAAGAUGCAAGAGACGUCUAAUUCCUAACACUGAUACUGUAAAUUUGCAAGGGUUUGAUGGCAGAUCUCCCUCUUCAGACAACGUGCAAACCAUUAAUGAGGACAAGGAUGCAGAUAAUGUCACAGACCAUUCAUCGGAAAUUCCAGUACAUGAGCAGGCUGAGGGGUUGCAUGUAGGAGACACACUAGUUGAACAUAAUGCUGUUCCUGUCAGUGCAGAUGAUACCUCUGCAGAAGUAUAUGCCAAAAAAGUCAAGCUAGUGAACAACAGUUUAGCUGAGGAUCCCACGUGCUCUGCUUAUGUAAAAAACACCUCAAAAUCACAGAGUGAAAAUGGCUGUAAAGGAAAAACUUUAACAAAUCCUUGUUGUACAAGCUCACCCAUUGUACAAAGCAUAUCUGUGGCACAAAACAGCAAUUCUGCUUAUGAAAAUGGCAUUAGUGUGGCACAACCUACAAACUCACCAUCUAAUGGAAAUGUAUCGAAUUCACUGUGUGUUGCGGGCUCCCAGAAUGAAGGUGGAGGAGGAAUGGAGGAGGAAUUAAUGGAUGGAACAACAGCAGUGCUACCUAGGCCCCUUCCAACCCAAUCAGCACAGCCAAGUGAAAACAUUCAUGGAAUGAACAGAAGAUUACUUGAGCAACCAGUGAUUGUCCCUGGAGAAGCCAGCAACCCCAUUAGACCAAUGGAUAGAAAUGUGGAGCAAACUAUGAGCAUUUCUGACUUUAAUGACACAUCCGAAGGGACUCCUGAAUGUUUCUCUGAAGAAAACAGGGCAUCACAAGGGGAAGCUUUGCACUAUCUUAAAGUAAUAUGUAUACCAGUGUCACAGGAGAUUACAGCUGUAAAUGAUUCGACAAAUGUGAAAAGAUCAUCAGGAGCAGAGGCUUCCUACUCAUAUGAUAAACCAACAGAGUAUACAGAGCCUCGAGCUGUACACUGCACCUCAGUGCCACAAAGUGAAGACUCUCAACCAUCAGAGGCACAGUGCAGCAAUGUAGCUAUGGCUCCGGGUACAAUAUCCCCCAGCUGCUCCUCUUACAACCAAGCUGAGUGUCCAAGCUCCCCUACAGUACCCAAUAUGUGUGGUUCUUCUGAAGAAGUACGUAAUGCUGAAAACCAAGAAGGGCCAUUUGCAGACAUGCAUUUUUCUACAAAAAUUGAAGUCAUCAAUGAAUACAUAAGAAUUAAAAAGCAAAGAGAUACAGGUGCUGCCCAACAAUUCUGGACUAUGUGCCAAGAAAUCCAAUGCAGCAAACCCUUACUGGAACUGAUUGAGAACUCUGUAAGAUCAGUUACUCAAAAAGUCCUUAAUGGAGAGGCUGAAAAUGAGGAUUAUGAAACAGCAUUUAGAUACCUGUGCACAAGCAGAAAUAUUGAAGGUGUCUUUCUACAAGAAAUGGAAAAGACAAUUCAGGAUCUUCUAAAAGCUAAAGAACUACUGCAAGCACUAAAUUCUUUCUGAAUAAACAGGAACUAAACUGCUCUUUUGUAUCUCUUGUGGUUUUACAUUUGCAAAGACUCAUUUGCCUCAUAAACCUCAAAUUUCGCUGUUGUUUUUUGUUUUUUUUUUCUCAACUUUCUUUUUAUUUAAAUCAGAUUUCACUUUUCCCAAAGGACUGUAUAUAAAUCGCUGUUGUUUUUUUUUAACUAAGUUCUUUGGUACUGGUGCAUGAAAGUAUGGGUUUUAACAUAAACAUUAUAGUCAUAAAGCAAAAUAUUUUUUUUUUUCUUUAAAAACAAAAUUGUGACUUGCCUACAUUUGUCUGAACAAUGAUAUGUUGCAAUGUCAAUGUUUUCUGUAAAUAAGAACACAGCUGGUGCCAUGAAUUUGAAAGGCACUGCAUGUACACAAGCAAAAUUCGAAUGAACUUGACUGUGCUUCAGGAGUAAUGCAUGCAAACCACAAUCGUUGUGUAGGGAUGUGAAAAUCU